AUGGAUGCGUGCCAUUUAUUAUUAGGAAGACCCUGGCAGUAUGAUCGGAGGGUUUUCCAUGAUGGGCGCGCGAACUCCUACAGUUUCACCUACGAAGGAGUAAAGUUGAUGCUAGUACCCAGAAAACCAAUGGAGAAGCCACCAUCAACCAACAUCAACCUGCUGUCUUAUGCACCAUUCGGAAAGGAGUUGAAGGGGGCAGAAACGGCGUUCAUCUUACUCGGUAAGGCAGUCACUGAAGGCUUGGAAGAUGUAGAGAUUCCAAAAGUUGUUCUUCCUCUUCUGGAGGAGUUUCAGGAUGUCUUCCCCGAUGACCUACCGGAGGGCCUACCACCUCUUCGAGACAUCCAGCACCAUGUGGAUCUACAGCCGGGCUCUGUCCUGCCUCACCGACCACAUUACCGAAUGAGUCCAAGGGAGCAUGAGAAAUUAAGGCGGCAAGUGGAGGAGCUGCUGGCGAAGGGGCACAUCCGCGAAAGCAUGAGCCUAUGCGUUGUCCCAGCCUUGUUGACUCCAAAGAAGGAUGCACUUAGCGCAUGUGUGUCGAUAGUCGAGCCAUCAACAAAAUUACUAUCAGGUACCGGUUUCCUAUCCCUCUCUUGGAUGACUUGCUCGACCAGAUUAGUGGUGCUACGGUGUUCAUGUGAUUGGACCUGA